AUGCCUCUCUACCUCACGAACCCUCAUACAACAAUCGCCCGGUCCACUCACCCACAGCAUACCCAGGAUCACCAGUAUCCGAUACGAGUUACCAUCCUUACACACAAAGCAACUACAGCGAGCCAUCUCCAUAUGUUGCUUCGGGAGGAAAAAGCCCAUGACCCAAAUCCCUACGGGCAUGAUACAAAUCCGUACGCAGACGAUGUUCCCUUGCGACCACAUCCACAAAAAUCAGAUACUGUUGUACAACACGACUAUGACGAUUCAGCUAUUACAGAUCGGCCACCCCCGCGCCAACAGAGAAAAAAGGGUCUCUUCUCAGGACGAAUACCAUGGGUCGUGUAUACCCUUACGUUGAUUCAAUGCGUAGUUUUUAUUGCUGAGCUAGCUAAGAACGGUAAGCUGGACUGCUCUGUGGUUGUUAUGGCAAGAAACACUAAUGCUCUACCAGGCGCCCUUACAAAAUCUCCGAUUGAGAUCCACCCCCAAUUUAACCCUAUGAUCGGCCCCUCUCCAUACGUCCUCAUCAACAUGGGCGCUCGUUACGUACCAUGCAUGCGAAAGACUGAUUUGACCCUCCAAGACAUAACCUGGCCAUGCCCCAACUCCACCUCUACCGACAUUACAGACAAAACCAACUCCUGCCACCUCAACAACCUCUGCGGCUUCGGCGCCGCCGCCUACACAGACAAAUCACUCCCUCAUCAAUGGUACCGCUUCAUCCUUCCCAUGUUUCUCCACGCCGGCUUCAUCCACAUAGCCUUCAACAUGCUCCUUCAAAUCUUACUGGGCGGUGACAUGGAGCGAGAGAUCGGCUCGAUCCGAUUCACAAUCGUGUACCUCAGCAGUGGCAUCUUUGGCUUCGUGUUAGGCGGGAACUUCGCACCAGAAGGUAUCGCCUCAACAGGCGCAUCCGGCUCGCUCUUCGGCAUCAUAGCCCUCCUCCUCCUAGACCUUCUCUACCAUUGGGGGAGCGUAAGAGCCCUUGGGUUGACCUGA